CUUCCAUUUCCAGACUCUCUAUAAAUUCCUUACACCAGAGAGCCCCAAACCUUCUCUUUCUCUCUCUAGAAGUUCUCUACCUCUCUCUCUAGAAGAUACAUUUCCAUGCCUUCCAGUCCGUUUGGUAACUGAAUUCGCAUUUGGUAAUCAAAUUAAUACAAUUGAAAGAACAAAAAGAAAGCAAAAGAAUUGAAAAAAAAAAGGCAUCCAAAUAGAGGAGGUUGAACGAAACAUGCCCACCACUGUUUCUUAUUCUCAAAGUGCCUCCUCUCAGAUCUUACUUCUUUGCUAGAUUUCGCAUCUGGGUUUUGUUAAUCGGCGUGAUUGAUUCUGGGCUUGAUUUUUUGAUCGGCGAGGGAUCUUAUCUCGAUAAAUUGAAUCGGAAAAUUGCCUGUUUCACAUCGGAUUACAAUUUGUGGGCUUUGCCAUUGCUAUUGGAAAAUAAGACAAGAUGCAAUCUGAUAAUGGCAAACUGUUCAUCGGUGGAAUAUCUUGGGACACAAGUGAGGAGAGACUCAAAGAGUAUUUCAGUGCUUAUGGGGAAGUUGUGGAAGCAGUUAUCAUGAAGGAUCGGACCACAGGCCGCGCUCGUGGUUUCGGUUUCGUGGUUUUUGCUGAUCCGUCCGUUGCAGAGAGAGUCAUAAUGGAGAAGCACAACAUUGAUGGGCGGAUGGUAGAGGCGAAAAAGGCCGUUCCUAGAGAUGAACAGAGCAUUUUGAGUAGAACCAGUAGCAGCAUUCAGGGUUCUCCCGGUCCAGGCCGCACGAGAAAGAUUUUUGUGGGAGGUUUAGCGUCUACUGUUACGGAGAGUGACUUCAAGAAGUAUUUUGAACAGUUUGGGACAAUCACAGAUGUAGUUGUGAUGUAUGAUCACAACACACAGAGACCUAGAGGGUUUGGAUUCAUCACCUAUGAUUCGGAAGAAGCAGUUGACAAGGUUUUGCUCAAGACAUUUCAUGAACUAAAUGGUAAGAUGGUUGAGGUCAAGCGAGCAGUUCCGAAGGAGUUAUCACCAGGUCCAAGUCGCAGCCCACUUGGUGGAUAUAACUACGGUCUAAGUAGGGUCAGCAAUAGCUUCCUUAAUGGCUACACUCAAGGAUAUACUCCAAGUACAGUUGGAGGUUUUGGACUUGGUAGAUUCAGUCCAGUUGCUGGUGGCCGAAGUGGCUUUACUUCGUUUGGUUCUGGUUAUGGAAUGGGAAUGAAUUUUGAGCCGGGUUUAAGCACCAGUUUCGGAGGGACUGCAAAUUUCAAUAAUAGUCUCAGCUAUGGGAGGGGAUUGAACCCCUACUAUGUGAACAAUUCGAGCAGAUUUCCUGCUCCUAUCGGGUAUGAUGGUGGUAAUGGAGGAAACAAUUCCUUCUUUAGCUCUGUGACUCGUAAUUUGUGGGGAAAUGGGGGACUUAAUUAUGGAACGAACUCUACGGGUUCCAAUGCAUACAUGGGGUCAGGAAGUGGGAGCCUUGGUGGAAACAAUUAUAGUAAUGCUGGUGUCAAUUGGGGGUCUUCAUCUAUUUCGGCACAAGGUGGUGGAAGCAAUGUUUCUAACAACAACGGGAAUUUUGGUUAUGGAGCUGGUGAUAGUAGUUAUGGUCUUGGAACAGUAGGGUAUGCUAGAAACAGUGGAACAAGUGCAGUCUCUACAUCUUCAUUUUCUGGGUCAAAUGGAGGUUUGGAUGGGGCCUUUUCUGACUUAUAUGGUAGUUCAGUUUAUGGGGACCCCACUUGGCGAUCGAAUUCUGAGCGAGAGGGUGCUGGCCGUUUUGCUUAUGAGUUUGAAAAUGCAGCUUCAGAUGGUUCUGCUAAUAAUGCACCCGGUUAUGUUGGCAGUUACAAUGUUAACAAGAGACAGUCGAAUAGAGGAAGUGUAAACGCCCAAAUGGAGGAAGAUCCCUUUUUUCAUGAAGGACGGGCAUUAUAGCACUAUUUUUGGAGGAGUUCCCAUUUAGAAUUGCUGCGUAGUACGAUCAUAUGGACAUGACAGCGUUGUAGGUGAGAGAGAUAAUCUGGUGAAGCAGGUGAAUUGUGAAUUUUCCACACCCUCCUCAUUAAUAUGUUUCAGUUAAAAGAAAAUUUGUUUAGUAAGUUCUAACUGGAGUGCGUGUUUUCGAAGAAUUAAAGUUAGAGAUAGAAGUUACAUUGGAUUUUGUGGUUAAGGAAUGAGUUUUGAGUUUUCCAUUUUUUAGGUUUUUGUUUUGGUCUUUUUGAGUGAGAUGUAAAAUCAGAUUGCGGGAUAUAGUUUAAGUGUAUCAUGCAUCUCCGGUGAGGUGAGGCGGCGAUACCCAAAAAAAAAAAGAAAAAGAAAAAGAAAAUAGACUUAAGAUUUUUUCCCCCCUUACAUUUUUAUCUGUAAUGUCUGGAAAAAGUUGUGGCUUCCAGUCAGGAAUACUUUCUUUCUUCCUUGUCCCAUCAUUUUGGUUUGUCUUUUGGCAGAUUGUAUCUCAGGUUAUUGUUGAUGUUACUAGUGUGAAACAAUUAAGGGAUGCCCAUCUAGGGUCCCCAUGAAUAAGCUAUCAAAUAUUCUGAUUCUUAGUCUUUGAGAAUAUUUUAUGCCA